AUGGAUGCCGCCAUGAUGGAAACAUCCCUAUCAAUCCCAAUACCCCCUGCGGUUGCAGGCUGCUCCUCUGACGCAAUUUCUUGUGGGAAAUGUAGGCGGCGACGACUUGACACGAUCGACAGUAGCAUGGCAGACGCUGGUGAAAACUUACAUGGCUGUGAAAAUAAUUCGGAUUCUGAGGAAGAUGGAUGCUCAGAUACUGAUUUUGAAACGUCAAAACUCGGAACUAGAGAAUACUGGGAGGAAACUUAUCAAAAAGAACUGGAUACAUUCAAAGACAUAGGAGAUGUUGGAGAAAUAUGGUUUGGUGAAGAAAGCAUGAGUCGUGUACUGCGGUGGAUGGACAAAGCUAAAAUUCCUGAAAGUGCUGCCAUUCUUGACAUUGGCACAGGGAAUGGGGCCUUCCUAGUUGAACUGGUUAACCAUGGAUACAAGAAUCUUACCGGUAUUGAUUAUUCUCCAGCAUCAGUAGAAUUGUCCAGACACGUUCUGCAGGCUGAAAAAUUGACUGAUGUCACUGUAAAGGAGAUGGAUUUCCUAAACUCUCAAGGGGAGCUGAAGGGUUUUGAUGUCUGCAUCGAUAAGGGAACUUUUGAUGCAAUUAGUUUAAACCCAGACAACACCAAGGAGGGCAAAAAAUUGUACGUCCAAGCUCUAAAAGAUGCUCUUAAAGACGAUGGAUAUUUUGCUAUCACUUCCUGUAACUGGACAAAAGAGCAGCUGCUUGAAAGAUUUAGUGACGGUUUUGAGUUUGUACAGGAAUUACCCACACCGAGUUUCAAGUUUGGAGGACAGACGGGCAAUAGUGUGACAGCUCUCAUUUUCAAGAGGGAGCAUUCAUGAAAGUGUCUUCAGAAGAUGUUUGCUUGGAUGUAUUUGUUUCUAUUUG